AUGCAAUGCCCCAAUCUGGAAGCCUUGACAGGGUUCGCGGCUUUCUACAAUCACACGUUUGACAGGCUGACGCACGCUUUGUCGACGCGAACCAAGCUCCGCCAGCAUGUUUGGAUCAUUGCCGAGAAUGAGGAUGUGAGCGUGCGAAGUCAGACACAACUCCCGCCGGGCCUUCUGGACGAACACCAAACCUACCAGUUUGAGCUUUACCAUCAGCGAUGGAAGCGCCUCGAAACCCUCAUGUUGUCUUCACCAGGCGGUCUCGGAGUCAUCGAACAUGAGCUAUUCAUUCGUGUCCUCCAAUCCUUGCCCGAGUUGCGUAACUUGUGCGUGUCUUCCUUCGAUCCUGAUGAUUUCCACGACAACACGCUCCUUGCGCUUCCACCCUGUGUCACUACGCUACGCCUGGAGGAAUGCUUGGGGGUCACAGACGCAGGGUUGACGCAGUGGGCAACGAACCCAAACGCAGCGCAGAUUGAACGACUGAGCCUGAUCCAUCAGAAUGUCACGAGCUUACUGACCCUGUCGAAGAUAUUUGCCAGCUUGGGUCGCCUGUGGAAAUUCACCAUCUUGCAGACUGACGUCGUGCUCUCCUGGCCCAAGGAGGUGGGAGUCCUGUUCCAACCGGUGCUGGCCUCGGCGUCCUUGAGAUUUUUGCAUUGGGACAUUCAAUCUUUAUCGCCAAAAGCACCUGGUGAUGGCGACGGUAUUGUUGCUGAAGAUGGAUGCCAGAUGCCAAACAUGCACCUUGCACUCUCCAUCUCGCAUAACGGGUUCCCUUGGCUGAGGUGCUUGCGCGCCCCUCGAGACACUUGCCCACCCGGCGCCCUUCAGUCAGUUUGUCAAACGGUUGGUAAGGGAGAUACCACGUUUUCAAACGACAGCUCCAGAUACCAUCUGCAGGGCUCGACCAGAUCGAAUUCCUUACAAGCGGCCCGCCUGCGGGCUCAGAAGAUAGCUUGCCAAAUCAGCACUCAGAGCUUAAACCACAUACUGCCGUGCGCCCGUCAAUGUCCAGGGACUACUUCGAGCCAUCUGUCAUCACAUUUGGCACAAAUCUCCAACAUCCAAGUGCCAGCUGUUUCCCAUGCUUGCAACCCAAACAGAAACAACUUCAGUGCUUAUGAAAAUACUGUACACGAAUUGGUUUCGCCCAUUUCUCCGGAGACGAACCCUUUUUCACCACUUGCUCCGGACGAUGGCAUCAUCUCUCCAAUCACUGCGGACAGGGAAGAGAGGUCUUGGUACAACCGGGAUUCCGACAAGGGGGUUAUGGCACCAUCGCCGCAACGGCCACACGUGUCCUCUAAGGCUAUAGCAAAUCCGGAGUCUCGCAGGCACCCUAGAAGUGAGGAGGGUAUGUGCGUUUGCGGUGGUUGGGGAUCUCAAAAAGUUGAAGAACGCAGGUGUGGUCUCGCGCCGCCACCUCGUAAUCCUCUCAGACUCGCAGCUGGUGCUCCCAGCCUUGUUUCGUCUGUCCAUGUCGAUCUGCUUCGUCACAGUUCUUUUGGAUUACAGCCGACGGAUCGGAGAUGGUCUCUGGUGCCGGAUAGCACAACAGGCGCCGAGCAAUACUCUCGUCCUCUCUUCUAUCUCCAGCCAGAUAUCCCCGGACGAGAUGAGAAUGGCGGUCUGAUCGGAUGGGGCGAACUCUUGAACGUCCAUGAAAAAGGAAAAGUACGCACGGAUGACAGCAGCGUGGCGGUGGAAGUUGGUACUCUGUCCCCAAACACGUGCAUGGGCAAGGGCAGCUGGGGCCAAUGUCCCGGCUCUGAGGAACAGCAACCGGGUGAACUCAGCGCUAUUGUUAAAGUGCUGUCAGCGCCGCCGCCGCCGUUGUUGUACACAAAGAAAGACAGACCAAGAUCGAAGUCGACAUCCAAGACAUCCUCCAAGUUGAGUUUGGCUUUGGGUCUUGGAAGCUCAAAGGAGAAAUUAUCCAACGAGACAGCAUCGAGACAUGUGCCACGGCCCAAUGGAGACAGAGGAGGGUGUGUUUCUGUGUCGGAUUUCUUCUAG